AUGUGUGAUAAAUCCUUUGCAUUCAGACUUAAACUAAGCAAGCAAUUUCCUGCUCGUAUUGGAGAAUCACCUUAUUUAUGCAGUGUGUGUGAUAAAGCAUUCUCACAGAAAAGUCAUUUAAAGGAGCAUUCCCUUAUUCAUACUGGAGAGAAAAAUUAUUCUUGCAGUGUGUGUGGUAAAAAAUUUGCUUCUAAAAGAAGUUUAAAUCGGCACUAUUUUGUUCAUACCGGUAAAAAACCUUAUUUAUGCAGUGUGUGUGGUAAAACAUUCUCUCAGAAACAUCUCUUAAAUGUACACCUUCUUUUUCAUACUGGAGAAAAGCCUUAUUCCUGCAGUGUAUGUGAUAAAUCUUUCACACGUCAAGCUUCUUUAAAUCGACACUAUCGUGUUCAUAGCGAAGGAAAUCCUUAUUUAUGCAGUGUAUGUGAUAAAACAUUCUCACAGAAAUGCUUCUUAGAUGAACAUUCUCUUAUUCAUACUGGUGAAAAACUUUGUUCGUGUAAUGUGUGUGGUAAAUCGUUCUCUCGGAAAAGAAGUUUGAAUCGACACUAUUUUGUUCACACUGGAGAGAAGCUUUAUUCAUGCAGCAUGUGCAAUAAAACAUUCUCACAGAGACGUUUUUUAAAUGAACACUUUCUGGUUCAUACUGGAAAGAAAUCUUACUCAUGCAGUGUAUGUAAUAAAUUUUUCACACAUAAAUCUAAUUUAAAUCAACAUUAUCUUGGUCAUACUGGAGAAAAACCCUAUUCAUGCAGUGUGUGUAAUAAAACAUUCUCACAGAAAGGUCACUUAAGUAAACACUCUGUUGUUCAUACUGGAGAGAAGCCUUAUUCUUGUACCAUAUGUGAUAAGACAUUUACACAGAAAACCAAUUUAAACAGACACUCUCUUAUUCAUACUAGAGAGAAACCCCAUUUAUCCAGGGAAUGUGAUAAAUCUAAUGAUAAUCAAUGGGUGCACUAA